UAUCCUGAUUGUAACAAUGACGACUCGUCCCAUCUUAGAAAGCUGAACACAAAGACAGAACUUAUCAGUUUCUUGACAAUUUGUAGACAAGCAUUGGACCUUGGUGUUAUUGCAUGGAUGACUGGUUCAAGUAUAUCAACUAUGAGUAGAAUUUUUGUAGGAUGGUGUGUAUUCCUGAGUACCAUUUUUGAGUCUAUUGACCUGACCCCAUUACCUGGAUUUUUGAAUGACUAUUCGCCAAAAUGUUUUAUGGAGUCAGGAUACUGCUCUCAUAGGGGAUGCAACUGAAAUUUGGAUCUCCCAAUCAGAGAACUUUGAUAUUAAUAAUAUUACAUUCUCGAACUACAAGAAUCACAUUACAGGGAAGAUAUGUUUGUGGACCCUUCCUCCUGGUUUUUUACUCAAAUGUACCGAUGCAUUUCCUGGCAGCAUUAGUGAUGCUGACAUAACAGAGCAAUCAUGUGUGCUAGAUACAGUCACAAAAGGGAAGACAGUUAUGACUGACAAGGGUUUUAAUAUCACAGAUAUUUGUCAUGAGAAAGGCCUGUUACACAAUAGACCUCCAAUGAAAUUUUCUCAUCAAUUUGAUGAGACUGAGGUAGUAAAGAACUUUGACAUUGCAACAUUGAGGAUCUACAUUGAAAACUACAUAGGAAGCAUCAGAGAUUGGCAAAUUCUACGCAAAACUUGGCCAAGCUCAAGAAUUAAUUUACUUGGUUGCUGUUUCUAA